GGAGAAAUGGCGGCUGCAGGCUUAGUGGCUCUGGCCACGGCCACGGCGGAGGGCCCCGGCCCAGUCCCGCCCGGAGGGCUCCUCGCCGGCGUCCACUGCGGCUCGGCCUCCGGGGCCGGCCCGGGGCCGGGUCCUGGCCCGGGCGCGUGGAGCCGCUCCCUGGAUCGAGCGCUGGAGGAGGCGGUGGUCACCGGGGUGCUGAGCCUGAGCGGCCGGAAACUGAGGGAGUUUCCCCGGGGAGCGGCCAACCACGACCUGACGGACACCACCCGGGCGGAUUUGUCACGAAAUCGCCUCUCAGAAAUUCCCAUAGAAGCAUGUCACUUCGUUUCACUCGAGACUCUCAACUUAUACCAAAAUUGUAUUCGGUAUAUACCAGAAGCAAUUCUAAACCUACAAGCCCUAACCUUCUUAAACAUUAGCCGGAACCAACUAUCAACAUUGCCAGUACACUUGUGUAAUUUACCACUGAAAGUUUUAAUUGCUAGCAAUAACAAAUUGGUCUCACUUCCGGAAGAAAUUGGCCAUCUCAGACUUUUAACGGAACUUGAUGUGAGCUGCAAUGAAAUUCAAACUAUACCAUCCCAAAUUGGUCAUUUGGAAGCCUUGAGAGACCUUAACAUAAGAAGGAAUCACUUAGUCCGUUUACCUGAAGAGCUGGCAGAAUUGCCUUUGAUACGGUUAGACUUCUCUUGCAAUAAAAUUACAACAAUCCCUGUUUGUUAUCGUAACCUUGGACACCUGCAGAUGAUCACCCUAGAUAAUAACCCACUACAAUCACCUCCUGCACAGAUAUGUAUAAAAGGCAAAGUUCAUAUAUUUAAAUACCUGAACAUACAAGCCUGUAAGAUUGCUCCUGAUCUGCCAGAUUAUGAAAGGAGACCCUUGGGUUUUGGCUCCUGCCAUGAAGAAUUGUACUCAGUUCGCCCUUACGGAGCCCUUGAUUCAGGUUUUAAUAGUGUGGACAGUGGUGAUAAGAGAUGGUCAGGGAAUGAACCCACAGAUGAAUUUUCAGAUCUGCCUCUCCGAGUAGCAGAAAUUACUAAAGAACAAAGACUAAGAAGAGAAAGCCAAUACCAGGAACAUCGAAACAGUUUAGUAGUAACAAAUGGUGGAGAACCUGAUCUGGAUCAGAUUGACUACAUUGACAGCUGUAAUGUGGAAGAGGAGGAGGAUGAAGCGAGACAUCCCAAGGGCCCGGAUGGAGACAGCCUGAGUUCCCAGUUUAUGGCCUACAUUGAACAGCGGCGAAUAUCUCAUGAGGUUACACCAGUAAAGCCAGUACCCAUUAGGGAAAUUCAUAAAACAGAAGACAUGAGAAGAUAUUCACAUAAAAACAGGCUUCCUGUUGAACCAUCUGCAUUUUCACCACUGACACCAAAUCAUAGUCAGCCAUCACAUAUAGACUUAGAACUUCACCGAAGAAGAGAACAGUUAGUUGAAAGGACUCGAAGAGAGGCACAGCUCGCUGCCCUCCAAUACGAGGAGGAGAAGAUAAGGACCAAACAGCUUCAGAGAGAUGCUGUCCUGGACUUUGUCAAACAAAAGUCAUCAUUAAGUCCACAAAAACAUCAGCCCUCCUUAGAUGGUGAGUUUCCCUUUCCAUCCAGAAGGUCUCAGCACACUGAUGAUAGUGCCUUGUUAGUGAAUGGUGAUAGAUCUACUGCUAUAUCAGGUUCACCUGCAACAGAAACAGUUCAUCAUUCCCCUGCAUAUUCUUUUCCUGUUACUACCCAGAGAAAUCAACCCCAGCGCCCUGAAAGUUUCCUUUUUCGAUCAGCUGUAAGGGCAGAAUCAAAUAAAGGUCAGGCUUUACCCCCUUCAUCUUCUGCACCUACCACAGAUUCUACAGAAUCCGUAACAAAAGAAAAUUCGAGACAGAGGGAAGAAGAGUUGGAAUUAAUAGAUCAACUACGGAAACAUAUCGAGUACCGGUUGAAAGUGUCUCUGCCUUGUGAUCUUGGAUCAGCUCUAACCGAUGGUGUUGUUCUUUGCCAUUUGGCUAAUCAUGUGCGGCCUCGUUCUGUCCCGAGCAUUCAUGUUCCCUCACCAGCUGUGCCUAAAUUAACAAUGGCAAAGUGUAGGCGAAAUGUGGAAAACUUCCUGGAAGCUUGCAGAAAAAUUGGUGUGCCUCAGGAGCAAUUAUGUUUGCCUCUCCACAUUUUAGAAGAGAAAGGGUUGAGCCAGGUUGCUGUGACUGUCCAGGCUCUCCUGGAACUUGCUCCACCCAAGCAACAGCAACAGCAACAGCAACAGCAACAGCAGCUGUCUGCAGUGUAAGAACUUCGGGACCUCGCAAAUGUGGGCCUGGCCCACGCAAGGAAUGGGACAGCGUGAUUGCUACUGCUAGCCAUUGCUUAAAACAAGCUUUUAUGUGUUCUUACAAGGGACUGUUUCCAUGAUUCCUAACAGGAAUACUUUGCUUCAUUUUCUCCAUUUUAGGGGAGAUUAUAUCCAUUUACAUUGAAUUGUUUGGGGGGGGCGGGUUUAUUUGGAGGCCACACCCAGGUGUUGCUCGGGUUAUUCCUGGCUCUGUGCUCAGGAAUUACUCCUGGAAGUGCUUGAGGGACCACCUGGGAUGCUGGGAAUGGAAUCCGAGUUGGCUUUGUGCAAGACAAACACCCUAUUCACUGUACUGUUGCUCUGGCCCUCCGUUGAAUUAAGACGAUUGGUUUUUAUAAAUGCAAUUUAUUUCUGUUAUAACACCAAACCCUAAACUGGCUUAUACUUUCCCAAAGUAUUUUUCUGAAGUAUUUCCCAAAAUACUUUUUGUU